GAAAAGAUUACAACAUGUUAUUUGAACUUCAACGUACCCGUUAGCAUACUCCCACGCCUGGGGGCGUCGGGACGUACGUUCCAGGUGUAAGGGUGCCGCUGCUUGAGACAUACCUAGGUAUAGUUACAGGGUUACAACUUGUAAACGGAUCUUAGUACUUGAUAAUAAUAUUAGCACUCCGACUUCCGACAGAAAAGUCCGGCGGGCUUUCCACGUCCCAUAUACGGACAUCCACAAGCUUGUGCAAGAUUUCCCGCAGACUUAUAUCUUGCCUUAAAGGUUUUUCUUCUUAUGGUGCGAUUAUCCAUAAGCGAAAGGUACCCAUCCGCUCAACGUCUGUCAUUGCUGUGCCUGGUGACCUUAGCGCUUGAAGGUAUUUUGAGAGAUGGCUGACUAUGGGGAUCUCGCCCGCUACCAAGACCAGGCUCUUGGCCAAUUGCCCAUGUUGCAAGUCUACUCCCAUAUUCUUUACUUUUUCCCCAUGCCACAUGGCUCCUCCCGCGAGCAGAUCAUCCAUGACCUCGAAGCAGCCGUCACUAAAGUAAGGACGGAUGUUCCCUGGAUGGGAGCCCGAGUCGUGAAUAUCGGUAAGGCGGAAGGAAACUCUGGGAUAUACCGUCCAAUCUCGUGCCAGCUUCCAAAACAAGCUAUCGAUAUUGCGGACUUCACGGAUGAGAUCCCCGAAUAUACCACCCUACACGCACAGAAAGCACCGCUUUCUUUGAUCGACACCGAGAAAUUGACCCCUGUACCUGGCUUCCCGAAGAAAUUUGAAGAUUCAGACGAAAAUCCUGCCCACGUCGUUCGGUUACAAGUCAGCUUCAUACGACGAGGCGUGGUAGUGGACUUCGCUUUCGAACACAAUAUGGGAGAUGCUAGUGGACAUUUCGGAUUCGUGAAAUUGGUCGCAAUUGCUAUGAGAGGCGAAGAUUUCCCGCCCUCUUUCCAUAAGGUAGCAAGCCGAGAUCGUAGAAAUAUUAUAUCUCUACUGGGACCCAAUGAACCUAUGUUGGACCACAGCCACCACAAGCGCCCGCCUGUCACGGAUGCAGCCCCUUUCAUCCCCCGCCGAGAUGCGAGAUACCACGUAUUUCGAUUCACGGUGGAAAACAUGAACAAGCUUAAACGUAUCGCAAGUCAACGCGAAGGGUUCGAUCCGGAUGUGCCAUUCAUUUCGACGGACGACGCCAUUUGUGCGUUUUGUUGGAAACACUUCAUCAUUGCCCGCAAGGACCGGUUCCCAGCAGACACAACUUCAAGAUACGCUCGGCAGAUUGAUGGUCGAAAGCUUAUUGGACUUCCACCUGAGUACAUGGGUGAAGUAGCGCACACGAUGUCUGCUUGGAUGACUUUCCAGCAGCUUGCCGAGGCCCCUCUAUCAACCAUUGCCUCGUACCUGCGUAAGCGCCUCAACGAAACGAACAACCUCUACCAUCUUCGAAGUUUUGCAACGUUUAUUGCGCGGGAGCCGGAUAAAUCGACCAUUACAUACUCGGGGAAAUUCAACCCAGAUGUAGACAUCGGAUGUUCGUCAAUUCGCACUCUUGAUGGGGUGUUCCCAGAUUUCGGUAGACUUGGGAGGCCGAAAUUUAUUCGCCGGCCCCCAAGUGUGCCGUUCCCCAGUACAUUGGUUCUAUACCCUGGCUCGCCUGAUGGAGAUUGCGAUGCGAUCGGUUGUCUGACCGACGCUGACUUUGAGGCAAUAAGUGCUAACCCGGAGUGGAACAAAUAUGUUGAACAUAUCGGGUGAUCCUUAGUAGAUAUCUCAAUAAUUGAAGAAUUCAAUUGCUCCCGUAAUAUUUUAGAAUUAUCUAUUGUUUGUUGGGUGCAGCGAAAUCCCUCACGGCAUCGCCGGGUUAAACCCUACCAGGAAGUUCGUUAGAGAACACCAUGAAUGUCAAGAUAGGCAUCACUGUAUUAAAAGUGUUCGUCAAUGACAAGUAUUAUUCUAUUGUAAAGAAUCGCAUCUCAUCUUGAAACAUCUAAAUCUCUUCUGACAACCAUUAGAAUUGAUUUAAUGGAUGGUACUCGCCUUGCGAGGCACGUAGCUCCUAGGUAACUUGGCAGACUGGUUGGUAGGCACCUCGAGAGGAAGCUGGAGGGGUUCUUUUAUUCCUGGUAAUGGACGUGGGGCAUCACGGCGCUCGCUGAUCCAUUGUGACGAUAGAAGUUCGGUCUCAGGGGUUGGCCAUCAUAUAUAUACCUACCUGGGUAGGUAAAUUAUAAAGGGAAGUUGUUUAAUUGAUAGCACUUCCAAUGAGAUGUCUUAGUAUGCAUUUGCUUGAACGGAUAAGUUAGUUGAGACGUCCACGGACCGAAAGACAAGAAGGACAGGAUAGGGGGUAACCAUCUCUAGCACAUGAUUCGACGACGUUUAGCGCGACGAGCACUCGCAUGUCGCCUAAACAAGAAGGUAUAUCGGUCUAGAGCGCUGCAACC